UUUCAGAACCAUCUUGCAAUGGCGGAAGCAGACGUCGAGGAGAUUGAAGCGCUAAAAUCAGAAUUCGAAUGGAUUUUGCAAGAAGAAGUAAACAUUGUGUUGCAGCAGCUGCAAGACAUCAUGCUGGAGUGCUCCAAGCGUUUCCCACACUCAUUCUCCGACCAAGAAAACCUAGUCAAGACUGACAAGUUGAUCCUGAACAGCACAAGCUCCACAGCUGCCCCUGAGCAAAUUAAAGUCCUGGCAACAAUGUCAGGGGAUAGCAUCAGCCACGCAGACAUUGCACUGCGCAUUCCUAAGCAUCCCGGCACCACCUUGAGGACAAUAGUGCAGAAUGACUGCCAAUGGAAGCUGCAGCAGGUGCAAGACGCGGGCAACAACCUAAUGACUGCUUUGCAACUGCUCACGCCGCCGCCACCGAAAACCAAGUUUCAGUUCAAGUCUGCGGAAGAAGUAACCCAGCUUAUGACCACCGUAAUGGGUUGUCUGCAGAGGGGUAGGGCGAGCCUCAUAAUUCCAAAGAAACGCACCAUCGACGAGAUUCUUGGAAGCCGGAACAUGAAAUCCUUGCAACCACCACUGCCUCAAGAUCUGGGCGCCAGCUUCUAUGUGCAGUCCCACAAGCUCAUCUUUGCUGUGUAUUACGUCCAUAAGGACUCGCACGGCCAGACGAAGUUUGAUGUCUUUCAGGCAGAGACGUCUGUGCCUUGGCUGAGUGAAGUCCUUGUACUGUUCACCAUAGCCCUGCAGCUCUGCCAGCAGCUUAAGGACAAGGUCGCCGUGUUCUACCAGUACAGGGAGUUCCACAUCCCGUAAGAGGGGAACCAAAAGUGAAAGUUCACAAGCUGUGUUGUGAAAGGACAGAGGAGAGGUGUAUUCAACGGGAUACUUAAGGAAGAACAACAACCCAGUCGGCGCACUACCAAAGUUCUACACCUGUGAAGCUUCAGCUCCCACGGGAUGGUCCAGUUGGCAUCACUACUAUCGGCUGUGGCAGCUAAAAUUACUCAACUCGCCCGAAGGAAACGCACUUAAAUUUUUUUCUUCUCGCUUUCCCAGUGCUCAAAAAAGGUCACGGGUAUCGAUGCGCAGGGCAGCUGUUUAGUGAAUGGAAAAUUUUACUAUGUUUAUAUACUAUUCUGGCGAGAAGGUAACGACACAGGUCACGACCAGGUUACGACCAGGUCAGCUCUGACCAGGUCAGCUCAAGUCAGAACUGGUAAGCUCUGGUCAUGAAAAACUCUUGCUACAUUAUGGGCACCUACUUUCAUGUGUGUGUCCCUAUAUGUUUUAUUUAUAUAAUUAGUUUUGUUCUAGGCUGAUUAUGUUUACUUGCAUAGGUCUUAUCAGUAUUUGUGAAGUUAACACUUUUUCUCCAAGCUGUUAGAAUGAAUAAGUUUGCUAUUGCCACGAAUGAACUUACGGUAUACUUUUGCCUAAUUAAUGGGCCGGCCGAAGGUAUAGUGAUAAGCAAGCAAAAACAAGUCUUUAAAUGCAGAUCGUAGAUAGGCACUGUUUUGUCUAUUAGGCUUGCUAUCUGUGGAAGCCACUGUGGAAACUUUUUCUUUCUGUCAUUUUCUGAAGCUUUCUGUAUAAUGCAGCGGAACGUAGAACAAACACCAGCAUCAUUUCUUGCUUUUAGUCACUCUUGACAUAGUUUAUACCUGUAAGUGGCGCGAUACAAAUUUUUGUCCUUACAAUGCGCUUCGCAUUUGCUCGUCGUUUUAAGUGCAGAGAGUUGUCUUGCUUCAUACUGUAGCAAGAAAUGUGAAAGAAAAAGGCAGCUGUCUUGCAUUUCUCGACUAGAAAUCUUUGUGCAGGCGACAAAUCAACAUCAUUUCUAGUCGUCUAGGCACCCUGCAACGGUGUUAUCAAUUAGAGCUACCAUCAGAGCUAAGUGAUGGAUAGCUAAGCGAUAUUACUCUUACGGACUUAUGAAGCAUGAACAGGAGAAUUCGAACUUAAACAGCAAAGUAUAAGAUGGCAGCGAACAUUUGCAGUCAACAAAACAAAAAUAAAAGUAGCUUUAACUUUUAGUGAGCCGUACUGGUCAACUUUCAGCAAUUAAUGUCAGCCAACCCUAUUCAGUGGCCUUGUUUCAUUUGUCUGCGAUGGGUAAUGUACUGUAUUGCGAUGUCGGGGAAGUGUUCAUUCAGCUUGUGCUUUUUUCGCCUUCGUCUGUGCUAGAAAAUAGAAGCCGUUUCCUCAAUCUUAUAUUGGUGUUGCCAGACGUAGCCAGCUAAAGGUUAAUAAAAUCACAUUGUCGUAGUGGUUAAUCAUAGCUUGAAUAUACAGAGUCGCAGAGUGCCUGUCGACUAGAUAGUUUACAAAGCAAUAAUUUCACUCUGCCAGCAUACAUGCAUGAUAUGAAGGGCGUAAUGUGCAUGCCACACUUGGGUAGAGAUGUUAUCAAGCGUUGUGUGAUAGCUGCCAUUUAUAGUACAUGUUAUUUUUUCAGUGUUUCUUGCUUACUUUUUUUUCUGCACGUUUGUAGUAUUAUAGUUUGUGCAUAUAUUAUGCAAAACUCUUUAUGUACAGUGUUUUUGGCAUAUACAUUAGGUUUUACUUUUAACAAGGGGAACUCAGAAAAAAAAGCAAAGCUACUGUAUUGUGGAUUUUAAAUGAGAUGCUGACAAUAUACUCGUUCCUUUCUUCUUUUCCUUUUUUUUUUGCCAUAAAAAAUUUUUUCUCUGC